AUGUACGCAUGCGCACCACAGUGGAAUUACUGCACAGCGCACUCUAAGUUGGAUCUUCUCUGUCUUCACGGAAACCAGAAACCAUACAAAAGUAUGGCGAUCUUUAGAAUAAGACAAAAGAGCUUCGUGCGCGUCUGGACGUUUUCCGUGAUCGUGGCCGUGGUGUGUGCGCAAAGUGUCAAUGAUCCAAGCAACAUGUCUCUCGUAAAAGAAACUGUUGAUAGACUAUUGAAAGGAUAUGACAUUCGCUUGAGGCCAGAUUUCGGAGGUCCUCCGGUGGGAGUGGGGAUGAAUAUAGACAUAGCCAGCAUAGACAUGGUCUCAGAAGUGAAUAUGACUGAGAAUACGAGGUUUGAGAUGUGA